AUGCCGUUUUCUCUGAAAGGUGUCGCCUACAUCACAGGUGCAGGAUCUGGGAUCGGCCAACAUGCCGCCUACGCAAUGGCUCGACAAGGCGUCCGCUCGUUCGCUCUCAUCGACCGUAACCCCGUCACACACACAGUUCAACACCUGAAGAAAAUGCACCCAGAUAUCAAAACACUAGAAAUCGAGAUGGACGUCGCGGACGAAGCCGCCGUCAACGACAGCAUCGAGCAGACGGUCAAAGAGUUCGGACGGUUAGACUACGCCCUCAACAACGCAGGCAUCGGAGGCGCGCUCAAAACGACCGAUCAAAUCGAUAAAGAAGACUUUGAACGGGUCAUGAGCAUCAACACAACGGGCGUGUGGUUAUGUCAGCGUGCGCAAAUCAGACAGAUGUUGAAGCAGGAGAAGUGGAGCGACUCGUAUAGGGCGUAUCGCGGGUCAAUUGUGAACACUGCGUCGAUGUAUGGCAAGGUUGGGCCGACGCUCAACGUUCCUGCAACAGCAUACGCUACGAGCAAGCAUGCGGUGGUGGGCUUGACCAAGGCAGACGCAAUCGCGAUGGCGCCCAGGGGAAUCAAGAUCAAUGCUAUAUGUCCAGGAUACGUCUUGACGCCUUUAGUCGAGAGCACGAUGGAUAAAGGCAGCGUGAUGGAUGCUGAGAGGGUGAAGGUGCCCAUACAACGGUUUGCAUCAAUGGAGGAGAUAGGUGAUGUCAUUGCAUUUUUGCAUUCGGACGCGAGUAGUUACGUUGUUGGAUCGGCCCUUGUAGCCGAUGGUGGUUUUACUAUUCAGUAG